AUUGAUGAUCCAAGUGGAUCCAACUUAGCUAUUGUCAGUCCCUGACAUUUUUAUUUAUUUUUUUAUUUUCACGGAACAGCCGCUGAGUGUGCAAGUAGGUUGUGGCAUUUCCCCUCAGUCACCAGCAGACUCCUCCUACCAAAGGAGCAGCAGCAGCAGCGGUACAGUGAGUGUCAAGAGCAAAAAAAAAAAAAAAGGACAGGAGCCGCUUGCACCUAUAUUGCUGUUUGCACGCACGUAGAGGGAUACGUCAGGUCAGGGACACUUUCUCUCGAAGGGUUUUUUUUCCCGGUUGAUCGUUUUUGCUUGGAAACUCGCCGUCUUCCUUCUUUCCACCGGUUCGGGUGUGCCUUCGAAAGGAAGCGACAUUGGGAUCGCUUUGUUCUUGCAGAGCCAGAAGGCAUGGCAGUGAGCCAGAGGAUCUUAAACUCCACCUCCCCGUUCUCGGGGUCGCCGCUGGCCGACCUUAAGGCCUCGUACCCCAAAUGCAAAGCUGGGGAGAAAGGAACCCAGCAGCACCACAAACAGCAACAGCAGCAGCAAGGGGAAGAAGAGGAGGACGAAGAGCAGUGGAAGAGCAGCAAAGUGGACUACAUCGCUCGUUUGAGUCCCCUGUUGAACAAAGUGCUGACUCAGGGCACUGCCGAGCAAGUCGGAGAGACAUCGCUGAAGAGCUCCCCUUUCAUUGCACAGGCCGAAUGUGAAACUCAGGACUCACAGGAAUUUAGUCCGUCCUGUUUUGAGCGUUCCUACGUCCCCUCAUCUGGCUGUUUUAUCGUCAGUCUGCAGCCGGAGCACAACAAUGUGGCUUGCCCGACCACGGCCUCCGUCCAAGCGCCAACGCCACUCGGCCCCAGAAAGAAGCCCCGAAAAAGAGUGAAGCGCAAAGGCCGGAAAAAAGUUCCUUUGGGGAAGAACAAGAAAGAAGAGGAGCGGCAACCGAGCAGAUACCACACAGAUACUGCGGUGCCCUCUGGAGUGCCUGAACAGGAGAGUGGGAGUUCCCUGGAGCACAUCCAAGAGGACUCGCUGCACGCAGGAAGGAGCCGCCUCAGUUCCUCGUGCUGCAGCAGCGUGGAGAGCGCAGAGGAUGUCGUGCCUCCUCUCUAUGGCACUAAGCUCUACAACACAGGCUCCGGCUGCUCCCCGCUGGCUUGGGCCGAGCCAUUCCCGGGCACUCUAUGUAGCCUCUGCUCCUACGGACCAGACAGCGACUCGCUCAGCAGCGCCGGCGACUGCUCGCUGGCCCUCGCCGGCCUGCGAGGCAGCGUCAGCCAGGGCGACGCGUGCUACGCGGGGCCCUUCUUUAAAGAGGUGGAGCGAAACGCCGGAGAGGAGGAAGAAGACAAGUGGCAGUCCGUCGACAAUGAGGGGAUCAUUUUUUACAACGAAAACAUCCAGCCUGUUGAAUCAGAGUAUAAGGAAGGAAGGGAGUUUGUCCUGUCAGAGUUCAUCAAGGAAGGCUCCUACGGCGAAGUCCACAGCGCUCAAGAUGUCAACACCGGGUUCAAGUUUGCUGUCAAAAAGAUCCCCCUGAAGAGGUUCAACAGCGAGGAGGCGAGCACGUGGAGUGCCCUCCGAUCUCCUCGCAUCCUGGAGCUCUUCGGAGUUGUCCGAGACGGGCCUUAUGUUUUCUUUCUCAUGGACCACAAAUCUGGCUCGCUCAGCCAAAUGAUUAUACGCCGUGGGCGGCUGCCGGAGGACCUGAGCCUCUACUACCUGUUGCAAGUCGCGACAGCCCUUGAGUACCUGGCCAAGAAGAAAGUGGUGCAUCUUGAUGUGAAAGCCGACAACGUGUUGCUGUCUGAGGACGGCAGAGACUCCUUCCUGUGCGACUUUGGCCACGCCGAGAGAUUGGACAGUGGCGGGCAGAGUCUCAGUGGGUCUCGAGACCUGAAAGGUACUGAGACGCACAUGGCCCCCGAAAUGGUGAUGGGCGAACCCCGCGGAGCCAGAGCAGAUGUGUGGAGCAGCUGCUGCAUGUUACUGCACAUGCUCAAUGGGUGCCCACCUUGGACCAGAUAUUACACCUGUCGGCUCUUCCUUAAGAUCGCCAACGACCCGCCGCCGCUCCGAGAGAUCCCGCCGGACUGCGGCCCUCUCACGGCGGAGUUGAUCAAGGCGGGACUGCAGAAGGAUCCCAGCAAGAGAGCGUCGGCCAGUGACAUGAAGGAACGUGCGGCCAGAGCGCUCAAACAAGUUGGCGGACUCAGAAGCCCAUGGAGGAGUUCCUACACGGAACCUCUUUAUUUCGCCAACAAACCCCCAGACUCCCCACCAGUCGAGUGUGAAAACGAUGAGAACAACACGGACAGGAGUUCGAUAGUGCGGCUGACGCCAGACUCCCCACCAGUCGAGUGUGAAAACGAUGAGGAGGAGAACACGGACAGGAGUUCGAUAGUGCAGCUGAACAACGGCGAUGAAGACGAAGCCGACGUGUGUGAGCAAGGAACUAAUUUCGAUUUAAAACAGUCGAAAAACAGGAUCACCAACACUGUUCCAGAACUUGAGCUGCGUAAACUAGAGAAAGACUUCUAUCUCAGUAGCCUUUCUCAGCUUCACUCUGCUGAGAUGCAGGAGCAGCUCUUGUCUUGUCUCAGCAGCGACGCCUACUCCAACCGGGAUCCGUGGGACAAAAAGGACUCGGGCCGCUGGUCGCUGAGCCCCGCCGACGACUAUAGUUCAGGAGUCUGCUCUGACAGCAGCCAGCUGGACGGGCACCAGAGCGUUAGUUUGGACUUGUUGGGCCACUCGCCGCCUCAACCGUGCUGCUUCCAAGGGGUGGACGUCUGCAUCCGAGACUUCAACGGGACAAUCAUCCAAAUCCGAGAGACGCGGCGGGUGAAGGUGGGCCACAUCGCCACCGGCAUCAGCGAUCAAAUCUCCGAGAGAGUUUUCACCUUGGAGACACAGCUGGGCUGCACAGUGGCUCACGACGAGGAGGUUCAGGAGUCGGGGCUGAAGCUCUGCUGCGUCCCGGCUCCUGAUUUCAGUGCCUCUUGGAGGUGGAGGAUCAGAGAUGGCGCACUGGAAACUAGAUGAGAGUUAAAGAACAAUGAAGUCCUUUUCACACGAUUUGAUGUCUUAUUCUGGACGUUUUAGUCCCUCGUAGCCAUCAAACUACAUUGUAGCUUUGUUUCUUAUCAUAAUUCUGUACCCUUAACAAAAAAAGCAUCUAAACAUGUAUUUCCUCUUCAGGAAUUGCAUUCAUUUGGUACUUCAUUUAGCCAGCAAAAGUCCCCGAUUGUAGAAAAAGCUAAAUAUUGCAAUAAAUCCUACUCUACUGAGUGUUCAUGUAUGAUUUAAUGCUGCUCUAAUUCAUUGUGCUGCAGACACAAAUGAAAAUAGGCUACAGGGACAAUGAAAAAAGUACCAGGACAUAAGCUUCAGUUUAUGAAUUCUGGUACUUGCCAUAAAAAAAAAAAAAGGCCAGGUUAAUUAUUUUAAAGGACACAAUAAACCUGUGACUUAGUAAUAA